UGGCAAAAAGUCGGGAUAUCGUAAAUCUAAAAGAAACGUGUAUAUUCUGACAAUUGAAGCGUUUAGGUGAACUUGUACUCGAAAGGAAUAUUUCUAGAUAUGUCGAGCUCGUUAUUGUCUUAGAGAUUGCUCUAUUUGUAGGCAUUGGUGAUAGACUAACGAUGAAUAAUUAAAACCAAAUUGCUGAUCGGGUGUUACUGAAACUAACAAGAAGCACUAAAUUCAUAUUAGUAUUCAUUAGGAACUCACCGAUGGAGUGAUUCGAUUGUCCACGAGUAUAGAAUAUCUAAAGGCGCUAGUUUCAGUCGCCUGUUGUUGCAUACUAAUAAUUAGGAUGGACGCAAGGACGUUUGAUUUAUAUUACUCUCCAGUUGUAAUUGCUUUUGGAGUGAUUGGCAACAUACUUUCGGUGUUUAUAAUGACACGAUCGAGAAAUAGAAACAAGUCACUUUGUGUGUAUAUGACCGCUCUAGCGGUGGUGGACUUUAGUCAAAACCUGGCGUGGUUGACGCAGUGGAUCUUCCGCUCAGCGUCCGAAACUAACCUCGUCACUCUGUUAUUUUGUCAAGUGUGGAUCUAUAGUGUCUCGUUACUAGGCGAGGCAUCAAUAUGGACGGUUGUAUGCAUGACGGUCGAUCGUUUCCUCGCCGUUCUUUUCCCGAUGCAAUCCAGGACGUGGUGUUCUAGUAAGCGCGCCAAGAUUGUACUUUCUGUUUUAUAUCCCCUCUUAGCUAUUCGGAUUUUCCAUAUGCCUUUUACCACCUAUGUUAUCAAAGAUAGCGACGGCAUUCCAGAGGACUGUGGGGUCUACGACCCGGAUGUUGAAUACAACUAUUACUUUGGGACUAUCAGUCCCUGGAUGGACACCUUCAUAGAAUCCAUCCUCCCACCAUUGUUCCUUAUCACCUUCAACACAAGCAUCAUCAUUUCCAUUAGACAUAACAAGCGCCAACGGACCAAUAAUUUAGGAUCAACUCCCACUAUUUCAAGCCAUCGGGAAAACCAAAUGACUGCAGUGCUGUUGAUCGUAUCACUUUCAGUCUUAAUACUAACGCUACCAUUCAAUGUGGUCAUCAUGCUGGAGACGUUUGGAGCAAUCGGGGACAAUCUCAGCCAAGAAAGUUUCACCACUCUCUAUAUCGUCACCAAUAGGAUUUGGUUCACAAACAGUGCCAUGAACUUCUACCUGUAUGUCGCCUGCGGACGGAGAUUCCGCGAGGACCUGACAAAGUGUGCCUGCUGUAUAGGUUUGUUCAAACAGUCAUCGGCCUCAAGCGACCCAUCAAGUUCCGAUUCUAAUACAAAUAUAUUUGUAACGCUCAAACGUAAUAUGACUUUAAAAAGUAGUGAUCGAAGCUCAUCUUUAGUAUCAUCCUCUGAAGCAAGUCCGAAUCCAAGUUGUGAAAAACAUUAUGUGACUUAUGAAAAUGGCUCUGUUUUGUCUGUAAACAACAGCACAAAUGGGUCUUAUGGUCCGAGUCAGUUUAAAUUUCAUGACAAUAGUAACAUUAAGAGCAACCGUAGUGAUAGCACCAAAAGACCUCUUAAAGGCAUGAAAAGUAUUAGUAAACAUACGAGGGGUGCUUCACCAGUUCAAAUUGCACUUGUCGCCUAUAGUCGGAGGAGUUCGUCCUGAUUUACUUAACCUGAAUUAUGAUUGCAAAAUUACAAAAAUGUGUAUGUAAAC